UUCCACGUCCACCCUUCUGAGCAGGGCGCAGGCGCGACCAAUCUCCUAGGCUUUCGGGAAAUGUAGUCCGAGAGCUCCCCUGGCGCAGGCGUACUUGCUCUUGGGCCUGACUGAUGGACCGGUGCUUUGUCCCGCUAGCUGGGAGCGUGGGCGCGGCAGCCUCCAGUUCUCCAGGACACAGCCUGAGACUUCUGAGAGAGGACUUCCUAUGGUUCAGACUCACAUUAGAAACUCAGAAAAGCUUCCAGUUCAAGACCCACUGCCACGGAGGCCCCACAUCCUGGGUCCACAGGUCAGACCAGAUUCCUCAGAAAUUAGAAUGGAAAUGGAGAAGAGAAUAGAAUGGAAUUGGAAGAGAAAGCCUCCGGGAAGCCAAGAGAAAGCACCCCAUUCCCCAGGACCUCUUUUUAGAACUAUAGCAGAACAAGGAGGAGAAAAUCCAGGAACCACUGAUGCUGAAGAAGUUCCUGUCCAAGAGGAUCAAGACUUCAGCAAUGUCCAGAGAUCAGAUGAAUGUCAGAGAGGAAUCACUGUGGAGGAUAAGACUCAUAUUCUUCAGGAAAGAGCUCCAUGGUCUCUGAAGUCAUCCCUUCCCCCAAAGUGGAACACAGAAGAAGAGGCAAUGGUUGCUAAGUAUGUCACUUCCUGGGAAGCAGUGACAUUCAAGGAGGUGACUGUGAACUUCACCCAAGAGGAAUGGGAACACCUGGACCCUCUUCAGAGGGACCUCUACAAGGAUGUGAUGUUGGAGAACUACAGGAACCUGGUCUCCCUCGGACUUGUGGAUUCCAAACCAGUCAUGAUCUCUUGGUUGGAGCAGGGGGAAGAACUGCAGAUGCCUUAUCCUCAAGAAACUGAAAAAGGAAUGAUCUUAGAAGACUUGGAGACCAAGUGCCAGACCCCAAAAUCACCUCAAAAUCAUGAAGAAGUAGGUCAACCAGAGAGACUGGUGGAGACAUUCAACAGAGAAGUUUUCUACCAGGAUUAUAUGUUUGGAAAAGCUCUUAAACAGGGGAGCAGAUCUUUGAACCAAAAGGAGAAUAUUGGAGAGACUCAAAGAAAACAUUAUUCCCAGGAAAAUUAUUUCCUACAACUGACUAACAAAAAAAAUUUCACUGCACAGAAAGGCCAUAAAUGCAAUGAAUUUGACAGAACCUUCAAUCGGGACAUCUGCAAACAGACAAAAUAUUGGAAUCAUAGUGAAUGUGAGAAUUUCUUCAGUUAUCACACAACCCUUACACAGCCUCAGACACUAAGUGGAAAAGAGAAAUCCUGCCCAUGUGAGAAAUGUGGGAAAAUCUUCAGUAUUAAUGUUGCACUUAGUGAACAUUAUCAAAUAAAUGCUAGAGAGAAAUCUUAUGAAUGCAAUGAAUUUGUGAAGGACUUUAGCCACAGUUUAUUCCCUAUAAAACCACAAAGAAUUAAUACUGGAGAGAAACACUGUGAUUAUAAAGAAUAUGGGAAAGUAUGCAAUCAGAGAGCAAACAUUACUAUACAUCAGAGAAUUCACACUGGGGAAAAAUCUCAUGAAUGUCAUGAAUGUUGGAAGUCCUUUAAUCAGAGGUCUGGUCUUAUUCACCACAAGAAAAUUCAUCAUAGAGGAAGACCAUAUAAAUGUAACGAAUGUGGAAAGGCCUUCAAUACUGGUGGAAGCCUCAUUGAACAUCACCAAAAGCAUACUGGAGAAAAGCCCUAUGAAUGCCCUGAAUGUGGAAAAGCAUUUAGCCACAAACCAUAUCUUAUUCAACAUCAGAAAAUUCAUACAGGCGAGAAACCUCAUAAAUGUAAUGAGUGUGGGAAAACCUUCAGGACCCGAACACAACUUAAUAGACAUGAAAGAUUUCAUACUGGAGAAAAACCCUAUGAAUGUAAAGAAUGUGGGAAGGCCUUGAGUGAUAGCUCAUCCCUAAUUGAACAUCAAAGAAUUCAUACUGGAGAAAAACCCUAUAAAUGUACAGAUUGUGGAAAGUCUUUUAGUAAGAGAGCCCGUCUCACUCCACAUCGGAGAAUUCAUACUGGUGAGAAGCCUUAUGAAUGCAAUGAAUGUGAGAAAGCCUUUCGGGAUAGCUCAUCCCUUAUUAACCAUCAGAGAAUUCAUACUGGAGAAAAGCCUUUUGAAUGUAAGGAAUGUAGGAAAGCCUUCAGUCGGAAAACAAACCUUACUGUUCAUGAGCGAAUUCAUACUGGAGAGAGACCCUAUGAAUGUCAUGAAUGUGGGAAGACAUUCAGUCAGAGGUCUAGCCUUAUUCACCAUCAAGUUAUACAUCAUGGAGAGAAUGGCUACAAGUGUAAUGAAUGUGGAAAAGCCUUCAGUAUUGAAGCACACCUGAUUGAACACUGCCGAAUACAUACUGGAGAAAAACCCUAUGGAUGCCAUGAAUGUGGGAAAGCUUUCAGCCGAAGUUCAUCACUUACUCAACAUCAGAGAAUUCAUACUGGAGAAAAACCCUAUAAAUGUACAGAAUGUGGGAAAGCCUUCUGUAGGCGCACCCAUCUUACUCAACAUCUAAGAAUCCAUACAGGAGAGAAGCCUUAUGAAUGUAGCAAAUGUGAGAAGUCCUUCAGUGACAGAUCAUCCCUUAGUCAACAUCAGAGAAUUCAUACUGGAGAAAAACCCUAUGAGUGUAAGGAGUGUGGGAAGGCCUUCAGUCAGAGAACUCAACUUAAUAAACAUCAGAGAAUUCACACUGGAGAGAAGCCCUAUGAAUGUCAUGAAUGCAGGAAGGCCUUCAUUCAGAAAUCUGGUCUGUCUUACCACCAGCGAAUGCAUCCAGAAGGGAACAAUUAUGCAUGUAAUGAAUGUGGCAAAGCCUUCAGUAGAAAUUCUUGCCUUAUUUAUCAUCAGUUUAUUCAUGAUAGGAAGAAACCUUAUGAAUGUAAAGUAUGUGGGAAGAUCUUCCCUCAUAACUCAUCUCUUAUUGAACAUCAAUUCAUUCAUAUGGGAAAAAAAUCUUUCGUAUGCAAUGAAUGUGGAAAAUCCUUUUUCUUGAGCAAAAGCCUUAAAAGACAUGAGAGACUUCAUUUGGGAAAAAAGAUUUUAUGAAUGUGAAUAAUGCAGAAAAUGUUCAGUUAUACAUAUUUCUUUAUUUAAGGAGAAUAAAUGGUGAAAAGAAUAUUACUGGUGCAGUGGAUAUGGAUGGGUUCUCCUGUUAUAAUUUAAUGGUUUGUAAUAGGAAGAACAUUGGCAAUGGAGUCAGGAGACCUGAAUUUAUGCCCUGACUUUACCAUUUUGUGUGUUCUUAUGCCUAGAUUUUUGUUUUUUUGUUGUUUGUUUUCAUCUUUCAAAUGGAGCUAAAUUGAAGAAAGAGUGUCUCUGAGAAUUAGAUUGAAGUUGAUAAAUUUGUCCAUUAUAUAUGGCAGAAGACACAUUUGUCUAUAUAGAUAUAUACUCUAGGCACAGACAAUACAAAGAAAAACUACUGUCAAAAAGCUCAUAAUUGAAUAGAAUGAAGGACAAGCUAAAUGCAAAUAAGAGUAGUGUAAGGCAGAGUGAGUGCAAAGGAGAGCUCUAUAUAAAGUGGAAAGUUUGAGGAGAGAUGACAAAAUCUUCUGGGGUUUUAGGGAAGUCUUCAUGGAAGUUGGGAAGAUAGAAUGGAAUUAAUUCUUGAAGAAAAAAAAGACUUCAACAAUUGAAGUAUCAAGUAAAUGGAGCUUUUGGAAAGGCCUGGACAAAAACAGAAGAGGAUAGUAUGAGAAUGGGAAACAGUGAAUAAUACAACUUGGAUGAUGAAAUAUUUGAAAGAGAGAAUUGUGAAACAAGGUGCCAACUUUACUCAGUAGGCAAUAAAUAACCACUGAAAGUUUUUGAGUGGAAGAAUAGUAAGAGAAAUCCAUUAAUAAAAUUGUAAAAUCAGAGUUUUAGAGCUGGAAGGGAUCUUAGAAUCCAUCAAGUGCAACCCUCUCCUUUUAGAGAUGAGGAACUAUAGGCCAAAGUGUCUUACUCAGGGUUCAUACAUCUAGCAAGUGUUUGAAUUGGAAUUUGAUGUGAAAUAUAUAUUGGAGAAAUGAAAAAUUGGAGACAGAAAAACUAGAUAGAUCAUUACAAUAAUCAGAGGAAAAGAGAUGAGGAACUGAACUAUGAUUGUUGCAAUGGGAGAGAAUGGAUGAGAGUUAUUGGGAAUAUAGAACCUACAGAACUUGAAAACAGAUUAGAUGCUGGUGAAUGAGAGAGAAGGAAGAGUAAAAUUGAUCCCAAGUGAGACCAGGAGAAUAAUGUUGUUAUUUAAAAUGACAAUUCCUUAAGGGACAGUUUUUCAAGAAAGAUAAUGAGUUCAGUUUGGGACAUGUUGAGUUUGAAGUCUAAGCAAGUUACCUAGAUAGAGAUAAUUUUCCACCUCCAUGACUUUGCUUAAGAAACAUCAUGGUGAUAAAUGAAAGUUGACUUAGGAUUCAGGAAAACCUGGAUUCAGAUUCUGCCUCUUAUACACUAGGCAAUAUAAAAUGAAUAAAUCACUCAAAUCUCAGAGCUGCCAAGCAACUUAUUAAUACUACUUUCUAUACCAGAAGCUCUUCACAUUUGUGAAAUCACAGGUUUGAAUAACAAAAAAAGAUUUCUUGCACAAUUUCCUUUACCCCUUUUCAAAUAUUUUCAUGCUUUCAGGAAUAGCUUGCAACUAAUUACCAUUCCUUGACUCAAUCAUGGGUUAGCAAAUUACAUCCAUAAUCCAGCCAUGCCUUCUAUCAGAAAUCAGUGUCUGACAUUUGUGUAUGGCAGUGCUGUUGAUUUCCAACUCUUGGUAAUUCUGAUUGCCCUUAUCCCAUUCCCUUGUUUCUGAGAAAUUAAGAGGAAUGGUACUUUGUUUGAAUAGAGCAAGAGAAUCCAGGUAGAACCUAGUACCUUAAAGAGCCUCCACCUCUGUCUGUCUUCUCUGGUUGUUAGCUAAAAUUGAUCCUUAUGUAUUAACGUGUUUCCAGGAAACACUUCUCUUAGGAACUGAUCCUAGGAAGGUGGGCUUUAUCUUCCUGAAGAGCAGGAAACCAUACUGGCCUUUUUAGUCUUUGUAUGGAAUAGAUACAUAGAAUUUAGAGAUAAAAGGGAAAUUAUCUGACCCACCAUUAUGAGUUUACAAAGGAAAAAAAAAAAAAUAGGUCCAGAAGUUGAGUGACCCCAACUCAAGGUCACAGAGAAAGAGAAGAGCUGGAGCUAUGCUUUUUAACUCAAGUGUAGGUAGGACUUUCCUUUCACCUCUGUUAAAUAUAGUCUUACUUGAUUUAUCCUAUGAUUCUAAUCUGUUGGCAUCUUUUUGAAUCCUGAUUCUGUCACCCAGACUUCGCUUCUAACUUUGUGUCCUUUACAGAUUUCAUAAGUAUACUGACCAGUCUUUUAUCCAAGACAUUGAUAAAAUAUUGAACACUGUAAGAUCAAAUUACUAAGAUAUUAAAUCAGAGGUUUCCUUCCAUAUUGACUUGAAGAAAGUGAACCAAGUAAAAAUCUGAACCAGCUAAGUGAUUUGGAAAAAAAAAAAAAGAAAAGCAAUUGGUACUUAUCUCAAAAUUAAGAUUA